AUUGAAAACCCCAGAAACGACUCUUUCAACUACUCUAGAGAGGAAUUUCCACAAAGUUUUGUCUUGAAACCCACGUCACCUGGCGGAUCCUUCCAUCUUUCUAAUCCGGAUCCUCUCCUCUCCUGCUCCGGUUUCUAGUCUUCACCCCUCUCUCCCCCAACCCUUUAUAUUUCCCGCAGCUUUGCUUUCAUCACAAGCUCUGCAAUUCUAAGCCGCCAAAAGCAAACGUUCAAGCAAGUAAGCAACGAAGAGAAGUAAAGAAAUAGAUAGAGUUGGUGUGCGGUAUGAGCGCCAGCUUCCUGCAAUAACUCAUGACGAACGAAUUGAAGUUGAAUAAGCAGAACCACCGUCCGAUCCUCCUCCACCUGCUUGGUUUCCAGGGAGCAGGUCACCAUGGACUCACCUACGUCUUCUUGUUCCUUCUUUUCCGGUCGUUACCGUACACCUCUGCACAGAGUAGUAAUCAAACACCUCCUGUUGAUCCCUAUGGCUUCAACGCCAACUUCAGCCCUUCCAUGGUCAUCAUACUCAUCGUCCUUAUAAGCGCCUUCUUCUUCAUGGGCUUCUUCUCCAUCUAUAUCCGCCAGUGCGCCGAGAACCGUAGCGGCGGAAGCGUACGUGCUACCUUCAUGGGUGGCGGAAUAUCACGAAGGGCAAAUCGUGGGCUCGAUGCGGCCGUGCUCGAAACCUUCCCAAUCUUCGAGUACUCAGUUGUGAAAGGGCUUAAAUUGGGGAAAGGAGCACUGGAGUGCGCCGUAUGCUUGAACGAGUUCGAAGAUGAUGAGACGAUUCGAUUGCUUCCCAAGUGCGACCAUGUGUUCCAUCCCGAGUGUAUCGAUGCUUGGUUGUCUAGUCGGACGACCUGCCCAGUCUGUCGAGCCGAUCUCGUCCCUCAACCGGGCGAAACAUCUGGAAUUACGAUGCCAGUAGAGGAAUUGGAAGGCGAAACAGGGGAAAUCCGGGGAUCGGAAACAGUGGUUGCAGAAAACCAGGAAGUUUCCAUUCAUGUAAUAAGCGAAGAAGAACCAGCAAGAGCAGAGGUGAUUAAUCCGGUUCAGAUACCAAUGCAGAACCGUCCAACGAGAUCGAGAUCGACGAGGCCAAGAUUCGCGGGGAGAUUUCCGCGGUCGCAUUCGACGGGGCACUCGCUGGUCCAACCGGGAGAGAAUAUGGAGCGAUACACCCUCCGGCUGCCGGAAGAGGUGAGGAAGCAAAUCAUGAGCAAGAGGCUGAACCGGACCACAAGCAUGGUCGUGUUCCCAAGGGCGGGGAGUUCGAGGAGAGGUUACCGGAUGACCGGAGAAGGGAGUGGGAGAGGAGCGAGGUUCACGAGGAUGGAAAUGGGGGAGAAACCGGAGGGAUGGGUGUUCUCGAGGACGCCGCCUUUCUUCAUGAGGGCGUCUUCAGCUCGGUCGCCGAGGAUGGCAGCCGAAGGUGAAGCCACGGCGACGGCGACGGCGACGGCGACGGCGGCUACUACUCCUCCUCUUCCUCCUAGGCCCUUUAAGUUGCCGUUGCGAGGGAGCAGGAAAUCUGACGGAGCAGGCCAGUCUUCGACUCGCCCUCCUGUUUGACUGUCAGGCACGUUAAUUAAUUCUAGUUUUUUUUUUUCUUUUAAAAUUUUCCCACUUAAAUUCUUCGAACGUAAGACUUUUUUUUCUGUUGGGGAAUGUCAAAUGUGUACAAAUAUUGGCUAUUUUUCGGUAGGAAUUUUAUUUUUUUGGCUUUUUUGUUGAAUUAAAUAAAUAAAAAGAGGAUGUAUAAUACUAUAAUGUAUUGUAUCAGUCAAGUUAAGCUAAGCUGUUAUUCGAAACUGUAACGGAGACCGAACAAGAGUUGAAGUUUGAUAACAUCGACUGUCUGUGCUUAGUAACCAAAUUUGAAGAGACUUUUUUUGUCAUUUUGGUGUUGUUUUGGUAGCUGAAAUGACAAAAAAGAGGGGAGGGGUGGGGGGAAGGGGAAUUGACGGAAAGGGCAAAAUUUGGGUUGACCUGGGAAUGGGUGGAAGUUUUGAAAUGCGUGAAUGGCGGAAGUGUUAUGUCAAGAUGGUUGUGGCGGUGGACCACGUGGCCUUCGAGGAAGUUUCCGUCAUUUGCAUCACUCCAGGUCAAGGACCUUCCCCUUCGUCUGAUUCCAGAGAUAAAAAGUGAAAUUGCUUUUUUUUUGUUUUGUAUUUUUUUGGGGGUGUUAAAUGAUGGAUUUGUCUUUUUAUUUUAUUUUA